AUGGCACACAUGGAAGCAGACUUGGACUCGGGGCUGGCGACAUGCAGCGACCUGCCCAGUUGCAGCGAAGUCCUGUGCCCGGUGGUGGUCAAAACUGAAGUUCCCACCCUCAAGCAGCACUACUACCCGGAAGGUGGAUGGGGAUGGAUUGUCGUGGCCGUGUCGUUUGCUGUGCACGUCCUCAAUCAAGGGCUGCACAUGUCUUCCGGCGUCAUGCUUCCGAUUGUCGCGCGCAAUUUCCCUCACGCCUCUUUCGGAUCGGCAGGUUAG